CUUAACUAACAACAAAGUUGGGACGAAGAUGAAGAGGGUGAUAGAAUGUAUGGUUUCAAUUUUCGUUAUCCUAGUUGGAGGUAAGGGUGUAUCAUACUACGCAUAUGCCCAGUCGAGUGACUGCCGUGUCGUCUUCAAUAGUUCCAUACCAAAAGACAAUUGCUACUAUCGAUGCCAUGACGGCAAUCGUUGGCAACGGGGGAUGCACGUUGACGGCACAGCUUGCUGGCCCAGAAGGCGCACAAGAUUAGGACGAUGUACCAGAGGAGUGUGCAUAGUUCAGGAAGAUGAAGGUUCAUACUUCAACACUACCACAAAUAACGAACGUUGUGACGGACAAUACCUUGGCAAGGGGUAUGCAACAUCGUGCGAAUAUACGUGUAUUCACCAGGGCCGACACAAACGAAUGCAUUAUGCCGCUGGGACGCCCUGCAUUCCAUUGAAUGAAGAAGGAGAACGCAAAGGAGAUGCUGGAAUAUGCUAUAAUGGUGUAUGUCGACCGUAUCAAACAUUGGAGAAGAUGUACCCUAAUAUAAUGAACAAGGUAUUUACAAAGAGAUACCACAAAUGUGCCGACAAGGACCACUACGGCAGAAAUGUUCUUUGGAGCUGCCAUUACUACUGCGAGAAGAACAAUCACUGGUUUUUUGGAUAUUAUAAGAGCAACUAUAACAGUGCAUGCGAGAUGUUUGGUCCAAGACGCGUAUCAGGAUAUUGCUGUGAAGGCAAAUGCCUCCCAAAGGCCAAUUGCGGACAAGAUAUUGAAGACAGCGCUACACGGCGUUUAUAAUUUGCCUAGGAUAAAUAAAAAUCCCGUAAUAACAUUUUAGUAAAUGAUCUAUGAUAUUGAAUAAAAGUCAUUUUACUCAGGCGUG